UAUGAUUGCCAGUUAACCUAAAAUGUUUUUGAAGUUUCAAAUGCUAAUCCUAAUAAUUUAUUGUUACUGUUAAUAAAAAUGACUAAAAAGCGAAAGUUAGAGUCCUCUAAUCAGGUAAAGGUUGAGGUCAAAGAGGAAAAUAGCGAUUAUUUAACUGCUAAAGUCCGAUUAAAAGGUGUUCUUAAACAGUUAACAGAAAAUGAAAAAUCCGAAUCAGAUUCUUCGGAUGAUGAUAACAAAGGGUAUCGGUCACAUAAGAAAUACGAUAACAAAAAUAAAAACGAGCUGUCACAAGGGACCUUUCGAAGCACAUAUGUAAUGAAAUUAUUUGAUAGAAGCGUUGAUUUAGCACGAUUUGAAGAAGAUACCCCUCUUUACCCAAUAUGUAGGGCAUGGAUGGCAAAUCAGCCUCGUAAUCCCAACCCACAAGUAGUUGUUAAGCGAAGGUAUUCUUCACCUGAACCUGAUAGUCAUUUACACCUUUGGAAUGGUCAUGAUAUUAGGGAUAUCACAGUACUGCCUAAGCCCUUAACACCUUUUACAUCUAGAGUUCCUUCUCCACUACCAGAACAAAAAAAUCAAGAUAAGGCUGAAGUGAACUUAAAUUAUAAUGAGAAACCCCCACUAUCAAAAGAUACUUUAAUAAGGAAUCAUCUGCAAAGGUGGGUUAAUGUGAAAAAGAAAUGGAUCGGAACUGCACUAAAAAAUGAAGAUAGAUACAAAGAAAGUAUGAAAAUCUUGCAAACCAUUUAUAAUAAGGCACAAGAGUCAAUGGAGUAAUUCUAUUUUGUUAAAAAAGACAAAAACAUGCAAAUAGUAGUCAGAUGUAUUUCCUUAUUUAUAAAUAACGACAUAAUUCAUUGUGUAAUAAUAAAUAUUAAAUAAUAAACACAUCGGUCAUCCUCUAA